GGUGUAAUCGUAGAUUUUAGAUUUUUCUUUUGCUUUUUUGUGUUUGUUUAUUCCUUUUGGUGUUCCUCCUCCUGUUGGCUCGAAUUACGAUGCUGCCCAACCAGCUGGCUUCCAGAUAAGCAAGUUUUGCUACUGAACCGAUCUUCGAUCGAACUGCCGGGGAAUUUUUUUCCCCAGCAACAUGUCUAUUUUCCGCGAUUGUAGUGCUAGAUUUGUGGAACGCGUUUUCCGAUGCCGGAGAUUGUAUGGAUAUGGUGAAAGGAUUUGCUGAGUUGUUGUUAAGGAGUGGUUGUUGUAACAGUGAAAGCCCAAAUGUGCGAGGGCUCUGGGGUUAUUUGUUGAGAUUAGGGUUUUGGAAGUGAGAAGUGCUUUCUCGGUUUGAAUUUCGGAAUUUCCGUUACUUGAUUUGCUUGCGAAUUCUUAAUUUGGAGGUGUCUGAAUCAACAGUGUUUCCUUUUCUGGUGCCAUCUCUCCUGCGACAGCCAUGAGUGGCCUUUUCAGUAACUCUCCGCGAGGGAAAGACAAAGACUUGGAGGCUGGAGUCAGCAGCUCCGCCGACUACGAAAAUGAUCCCUUCGAUAUUACAAGCACUAAGAAUGCACCUGUAGAGCGUCUCCGCCGAUGGAGGCAAGCCGCACUUGUACUUAAUGCUUCCCGUAGAUUCCGGUACACCUUGGACUUGAAAAGGGAAGAAGACAAGAAGCAGAUGCUAAGGAAGAUUAGAGCCCAUGCCCAAGCAAUACGAGCUGCACACCUUUUUAAAGCUGCAGCAAGCCGAGUUAAUGGAUUACCAAGUUCACCCUCUACCCCUAGUGGUGGUGAUUUUGGAAUUGGACUGGAGCAGAUUCUGUCGAUAUCAAGGGAUCAUAAUAUUGAAGCUCUCCAAGAAAUUGGAGGGGUCAGAGGGUUAUCAGACCUGUUGAAAACUAACAUGGAGAAGGGUAUUCAAGGGGAUGAUGAUGACAUAACGAAACGGAAAAGUGCUUUUGGUUCAAAUACUUAUCCCCGGAAGAAAGGGAGGAGCUUCUGGAGGUUUGUCUGGGAAGCUUCUCAGGAUCUUACUUUAGUCAUACUGAUCGUGGCUGCACUUGCUUCUUUAGGACUGGGGAUAAAGACUGAGGGUAUCAAAAAAGGAUGGUACGAUGGUAUAAGCAUCGCUUUUGCUGUCCUCCUUGUCAUUGUUGUGACAGCUACCAGUGACUUCAGGCAAUCUCUUCAAUUCCUGAAUUUAAAUGAGGAGAAAAGAAACAUACGUCUGGAGGUUACCCGAGGUGGAAGAAGAAUUGAAGUUUCAAUAUAUGACAUUGUGGUAGGCGAUGUUAUACCCCUCAAUAUUGGUGAUCAGGUACCUGCUGAUGGAGUUCUAAUUUCGGGACAUUCACUUGCUAUUGAUGAGUCCAGCAUGACUGGGGAGAGCAAAAUUGUUCAAAAAAAUCCAUCUAAGGAUCCAUUCCUAAUGUCUGGAUGUAAAGUGGCGGAUGGCAAUGGAACAAUGCUGGUUACUGGUGUGGGGAUCAACACUGAAUGGGGCUUGUUAAUGGCUAGUAUCUCAGAAGAUAAUGGAGGAGAAACACCAUUGCAGGUACGCCUGAAUGGUGUUGCAACAUUUAUCGGGGUUGUGGGGCUCACGGUUGCUGGGGUUGUACUAUUCGUCCUUGUCGUUCGAUACUUUACUGGUCACACAGAGAAUGCUGAUAAAACUCCACAGUUUAUCAAAGGAAAGACAAAAUUUGAUCAUGUUGUAAAUGAUAUGGUUAAAAUUAUCACAGUUGCGGUUACAAUUGUGGUAGUGGCAGUGCCUGAAGGACUUCCUUUGGCUGUUACCUUGACCCUUGCAUAUUCCAUGAGAAAGAUGAUGGCAGACAAAGCUUUGGUACGCAGGCUUUCUGCCUGUGAGACUAUGGGGUCUGCAACAACAAUUUGCAGUGACAAGACCGGAACUUUGACAUUAAAUGAGAUGACAGUUGUCGAGGCUUAUACCGGUUUCCAGAAAAUGGAUCCUCCAGACAGCCACGCAAAGCUGCCACCUACAUUUACUUCUUUACUUGUUGAAGGAAUUGCUCAUAAUACAAGUGGCAGUGUGUUUCAAUCUGAUCAUGGUGAGACAGAGGUUUCUGGAUCUCCAACAGAACGAGCAAUUCUUAAUUGGGCGAUCAAGUUGGGCAUGAAUUUUGAUGCUAUAAGAUCAGACUCCUCUGCUAUUCAAUUUUUCCCAUUUAACUCGGAGAAGAAACGUGGAGGUGUUGCUGUGAAAUCGUCAGAUGCCAAGGUCCAAAUUUAUUGGAAAGGUGCUGCUGAAAUCGUUCUGGGCUCAUGCUCACGUUAUAUGGAUGAGGGUGAGAGUUUGGUAGAUAUGUGCGAAGAUAAGAUGGAAGAAUUGAGAAAUGCUAUCGAUGACAUGGCUAAAAGGAGUCUACGGUGCGUUGCAAUUGCUUACAGACCAUAUGAAACCGAUAAGGUUCCAACUGAUGAAGAGCAGCUUUCUAAAUGGGUUUUACCAGAAGAUGACCUUGUCUUGUUGGCUAUCGUUGGUAUAAAGGAUCCAUGUCGACCUGGUGUCAAAGAUUCAGUUCUGCUUUGUCAACAGGCUGGGGUCAAGGUUCGCAUGGUUACCGGCGAUAACAUUCAAACUGCCAAAGCCAUCGCUUUAGAAUGCGGGAUAUUAGCUUCAGAUUCAGAUGCUAGUGAGCCUAAUCUGAUCGAGGGAAAAACAUUUCGUUGCUUUUCAGAAGAGGAAAGAGAGAGGAUUGCUGAAAGGAUUUCGGUCAUGGGUAGGUCAUCACCGAACGACAAACUUUUGCUUGUGCAAGCACUGAAGAAGAGGGGGCAUGUUGUGGCUGUGACUGGUGAUGGAACCAAUGAUGCUCCUGCAUUGCAUGAGGCCGACAUUGGUCUUUCUAUGGGUAUUCAAGGGACUGAAGUAGCAAAGGAAAAUUCAGAUAUUAUCAUCCUGGAUGAUAACUUUGAAUCAGUUGUAAAGGUCGUCCGGUGGGGUCGGUCCGUAUAUGCCAAUAUCCAAAAGUUCAUCCAAUUUCAGCUCACGGUUAAUGUUGCUGCACUUGUCAUUAACGUUGUGGCUGCAAUGUCCUCGGGCCAUGUUCCACUAACCGCAGUGCAGCUGCUUUGGGUGAAUCUUAUUAUGGACACUCUUGGGGCUCUGGCUUUAGCCACCGAGCCACCAACUGACCACUUAAUGCAAAGGCCCCCUGUUGGCAGAAGGGAACCUCUCAUAACGAAUAUCAUGUGGAGGAACUUGUUUGUACAAGCGAUGUACCAAGUGACCAUUUUGUUAGUCCUCAAUUUCCGGGGCGUAAGUAUUCUUCGUCUGGAGGAUUAUCGUGAUCCUGUAAAAGUGAAGAAUACAGUAAUCUUCAAUGCCUUUGUCCUCUGCCAAAUAUUCAACGAAUUCAACUCGCGGAAGCCAGAUGAAAUGAACAUUUUCGUAGGAGUUCUCAAAAACCGCCUCUUUGUGGGCAUCAUCUUCAUCACGGCUGUGCUGCAGGUGGUCAUCGUCGAGUUCUUGGGCACGUUCGCAUCGACAACUAAGCUGAACUGGAAGAUGUGGCUUGUCUCGAUAGGCAUAGGAUUCAUCAGUUGGCCGUUGGCUUUGAUAGGGAAAUGCAUCCCUGUCCCCAAAACUCCCGUCGGAGAAAUUAUUAAAGCUUGGAUAAGCCGAUGGAGAAGAAAUUCACCAGGUUAAAUGUUAGAUUUCAGAGGAAGCUUAUAUUAUAUGUCUCCAGAUGUCCAAAAAUGAUGGAGUUUUUAUUUUCCUAAAUAUGCAUCAAGACUGAAGCAAAUAUUAUAUAUAUAGAGCUCUUCUUUGGUUUGUUCUGUCA